AUGGCUACCAAUCUCGUCCUUGCUAAUGGAAGCCACGAUGGCUUGCAGCAUAUAUUUCGCCCUCAAGAGGCUUCUCCUCAGAUUAUCACGGGCCAGUACAAACCUGCUCAGAUCAGCAUCCACAAUACCAGUGGCCAUGCAUCAUGGAAUUGGUCAAGGAUCGACUUCGUUGACCAAGACAUACCAAAGAAGCUCAAUGAGUGUCUGCAAAAUGGGGGUUCUGUGACAGAUGCUAAAUGGGCGAAUCGCGGAAGAAGCGUUGUGGCAGUCUUUGCGUAUGCAGUCGUCGUCGUCAACCAUUGUCCCGACGAUCCAUCUAAGGACAAGGCUAUAACUUUCGGCAUGUGUUUGGACCGAUCCGGUCUGGGAGGAACUCACGGCAUCGAGCCUCUCCCUGAUGGGAAACUCGCUAUAGCAACGACUUCCUAUGAAGCAACAGGAAACAUCAAGAUCAUCAACGCAUCCUCGGGUACCUCAAACCCAUAUCGAGAGUUCCUCCAAGAGCUUGACGGCCUUCCGGCAGUGCACAGUCUUGUAUGGGACCAAGUAACAAAAAGUCUUUGGGCCGUCGGGAAUGAUCUACCUCCUCAAGGGAAGAGUCCCUCGACAGCUCAGCUGAAUCGCUAUGAGUAUAGAAAUGGUUCAUUCUCUCGAAAACCUUCUCAAGUCGAGCCCAUCGGCCCUGCGAGAAUGCUCAACGAGGAAUGGGACGAUUCAUGGUGGGAUGGAGCACAUGAUGUUACGCCCGUUCCCAACCAACGACACCUCCUGCUCUCUACAGACCUGGAUAUUCACCUUUUCAAUUUGACUUCAGACUCGUUUCUGCAUGGAGAUGAAGUAUUGCAACAACCAUUUAUGCAGGGAUUCAAGCCAGUUUCCUCUCAUGAGAAGCAUCUGCCGCGGGCUGAUAUUAAGUCAUUAAGCUUGCACAAGAGCUCCGGUACCCUUUAUGUGCAAGCUGAUUGGAAAGACUACUUUUCAACUCUAGUCAAUCAUCUCACAUGUGGAGCGCAGGCUCCAAGGGCCAUCUACUUCUCGCAAUCGGUAUACCGUUCUCGUUGGUUUUCCCCCGUGGCUGGAUGGUCCGUUGAGUAA